AAUGGAGAAGGCCUCACUUAAGACCUCCCAAGGUGGAACAGUUACAAAACAGCCCUUUUCAGGGCUACCGGAGGAGCAGAUGACGAUGGGCAGGGCUGUACAAAGUAACGACGGCUCCUCUCUAUCUGAGCUCAUGGACGAGUCUCCUGUUCGACGUGAUGACGAGAUGGAAGACGCGGCAAAGCAGGAUGCGGGCUCUUUAGCUAGCGUCCCCGCGGAAGACAACGGCCUGGACUUUGGUCCGGCAGUGGGCGCUGCAGAGGACGAGGAUGCUGGAUACAUGGCGGAUAUGUUAUGUGCGGCUGAUGUGCGGCUGGCCUCUCAAGAACGUCUUCUCUGCCUUCCCGCGGCCCGACGCUCCUUCCCUCCUCGUUCUUUGUUUACUCCUCCUGCCGAUCCUGUGUGUGUGUGUGUGCCUGUUUCGGACAACAACUCUCCCAUCUCCGUUCCCGUCACCUCUACACCUGUCUCGCGUGUUAUGGACAUUACCGGUUCUCCCUCCCCCUCUUCUACCUCUACUACCUCUACUACUACUACCACUGCUACUACGGCUGCAUCUUCUUCCUCUUCGGUUCUGGGUGCCCCCUCUGCCGUCCUCUCUUCCUCUUCUGCUACUGCUGAUCCGGUUUCGUCGAGGGUGAGUACGGCUGUUCCUGGCGGUCAUGUUUCUGUGUCUGUCCCUCCUUCUCGUCCCCCGUCCAAGUCCCGUCCCGCCCCAUCUGUUGUUACUGUUGCUGUCCCUGUACCUGACCGUUCCCCUAUCUAUACUCGUUCCCUCGCGGCCAAGAAGAAGAAGGCUGCUUCUUCUCCUGCACCCGCAAUAGCCCCCAUAAGGGUUGCUACGCAAACUUUUUACAACUCCGAACGGCGUCGUUCGGUUGGUGGUGCCUCUGCUGUUGUCGCCGCUGUUCCUCCCUCGUCCGCCAUUGUACCUGUUGAUAAUUCAAAAUCAUCCUGUGGGACUUCGGUUAGCGUGGCCGGUACUCCGGUUAACGCUCCCACAGAUAGGCCUCAGCCAACCGCUAAUCCCUCCGCUGCCCCUGUCUGUGAGAAGAAUCUUUCUCCCACGAGUAGGCCUGCGCCGGCCCCUGUCCUAAUCAGGCAGCGGCUGACUCAGACCGUGUGA